UGCCACCGCCACACAUGUCAAACUUGCAAACAUGGCAAAGAUGGAGAAGUUGGCACUUGUGUUAUUGCUACUUUUGGGAACUUCUGCACUGUUUGUAAAGUGCGAUGACUUGGAUGAAGACGAAACCCCCAAAGUACCAGAGGAGGAGUCAGAUGAGGGAACCGACAAGGAUGGCGUUCUUGAGGAGGAGGAUGUCCUGGUGUUAACCAGUGCUAAUUUUGAUAAAGUUAUCAACUCAGAAGACAUCAUUUUGGUGGAGUUUUAUGCUCCUUGGUGUGGACAUUGUAAGAGUCUGGCACCCAAGUAUGCCAGCGCUGCCAAGACACUGAAGGACCAUGAUCCUCCAAUUCCCCUCGCAAAGGUCGACGCCACUGAGAACGAGGAUCUGGGUACAAGAUUUGAGGUGUCAGGUUAUCCUACUCUGAAGUUCUUCAAGGAUGGCCAGGCCUUUGAUUACGAGGGGGGAAGGACUGAGUUUGAUAUUGUGAACUAUAUGAAGGAGAGAGCUGACCCACUGUGGCGGCCACCGCCCGAUGCUGUCAUGACGCUGACCAGUGACAACUUCACCGAGGUCGUCAACAGAGAGGAACUCAUCCUGGUGGAGUUCUAUGCCCCAUGGUGUGGACACUGUAAGCGCCUGGCCCCCGAGUAUGAGAAGGCUGCCAAGACACUGAAGCAGCGCCAACCUCCGAUCCCCCUGGCCAAGGUGGAUGCAACAGUCAGCGCCGAGCUGGCCAAGGAGUACGGAGUGUCAGGAUACCCCACCCUGAAGAUGUUCCGUAAAGGUCGGGUGUCCGAGUACAAGGGAGAGCGGGAGGAACGAGGCAUUGUGGGAUACAUGAUCCAGCAUCAGGGCGAGGCAGCCAAGGAGCUCGAAUCUGACAAAGCAGUUCGCAACUACAUGAGUGACGACGACAUCAGCAUCAUCGCCUUCUUCAGCAGCAAGGACGACCCUAGACUCCAGAUGUACAUGGAUGCAGCCAAUGAUAUGCGGGAUGACUUCAACUUCGCCUUCACGUUGUCGAGCGAGGCCAGGAAUCGCUACAAGGUGAACCCAGGCUCCGUGGUGGUCUUCAAUGCCGAGAGAUACUACACCAAGUUCGAACCAAAGUGGCACAUUCUCAACAAGGAGGAACUGACGUCCGAGGAUGUCUCAGAGUUUGUGAAGGCACAUCAAGUUCCACUUGUCGGCACAUACGACAGGUCAACAGAAAGACGCUACGACACCCUCAAACCACUGUGCUUUGUCUUCUACACAGUUGACUGGAGCUUUGACGGCAGAGAGGCCACACAAAUAUGGAGGAGGAAAAUGGCUGAUAUCGCCAAGGAUUACAAGAAUGAGAUCUACUUUGUUAUUGCUAACGAGGAGAGCAACGACGCUCUGAUCAAGGACUUCCAGUUUGAAGAGUCAGGCGAAGAGAUGAACAUCGGUAUUGUCGACGGCAAGCAGAAGAAGUACCCAAUGGAAACAUUCGAAGACUUUGAUGCUGAUGACAUUAGAGAAUUCUUGAACAAUUACAAGAAAGGCAAGGUCAACCCAAUCGUCAAAUCUCAGCCAAUUCCAAAGAAACAGGGGCCUGUCAUCACUGUUGUCGGUAAGACCUUUGACAAGAUUGUCCGAGACAACAACAAAGAUGUCCUCAUCGAGUUCUACGCCCCCUGGUGCGGACAUUGUAAAAGUCUCGAACCAAAGUACAAGGAGCUCGCCAAGAAGUACAAGUCUACAAAGAAACUUGUCAUUGCAAAGAUGGAUGCCACAGCUAAUGACGUGCCGGAAGACUUCAAGGUUGAAGGAUUUCCUACUCUAUUUUUUGUUCGAUCUGGAGAUUCAAAGCCGGUGAAGUACGAGGAGGGGCGCGAGGUUGAAGACUUCAGUAAAUAUCUUGAAGAAAAUGCCUCUUCUCUUGGUAAAAAGGCCAAAGAAGAAUUGUAACAUUUUAGAUUAUUUUAUUCAUUUAAUUCAUUCAAUUCAUAUCAUGAACAUUUUGUGAAUGUGAGAAUCUUAUUUUGCGAGGGACCACUUUGUUUUAAUAUAAACAAUUUCUUUGUUUUGGGUUGACCAAUCUAUGUGCUGUUACCAUGGUUACAUGAAUGAUGUUAAUGACAUUAUGUAAUGAGGUUGAAUUUCACGGUAUGAUGUUUUACUCCGAUGUAUGAAUCUUAAUGUAACAGUAUUGAUGUUUACUUUAUGCGUUGUAAAUGAGAAAUACACACAUGGAUAUGUACGAAACAGAAAAUAGUUUUGUUUCCUUGACAUCUGUUGCAUGGGUGAGAUUUGAUUUUCAUUGUUGAUUGAAUCAUGCAGGUACUGUCUGCUUUCAUCAGUGUUUGAUUAAUAUUCUUGGUAAAUAGUGACAAACUUGACAAUAACCAUUAUAUUUGAAAUCAAAUUGGCUCAACUGACUCGUGGAAAAAUGUGAACUGUCAGGUCUUGUUAUCUCCUAAUAUCCGAUGGGUUCGAAUCCUGGUUUGCCCCGAUUAUGUUUCAAGGUUUGUCAGCACCAUACACGUGGAUUUCACCAAAGUGGUAACCGUCUGAGACCUGCAUGACUUCCAGCUUUCCUCCCACAUUAAACUGACAUGCUGUGAUAUAACUUGACUACUGUUGAAAGCGGCGUUAAACCCUACUCACUCAUUCCGAUCAGAUCUUUUACUCCAUUGCGAUGACAUACACCGUGAAGAUCUGAGGUCGUGUCAGGUGAACAUUCUAAAAUGCCAAUCAGCUUCAAAUCUGGUACUUUUUUCAGUAUGGGAAAACGAAGUGUUCUAACCACCGUAUCUGAUAUCUGUAUUUUGAAAGUUUUUGUGUGAAACCAAUUAUUUUUGUACAGCACUUGUCCUACUGGCUGUUAGAAUUGUUUGGUGUACCAUCAUGUGACCGAGAUUCUUGUCCAGAAGUUCAGAUUAAGAAGACAUAUUGAAAUGGUGUUCUGAGAUUCGGUAGUGUUGACCUCCAAGAGAUUCUUUGCCCUGAUUGGUUACUUCUAUACCAAAUUCUUCGUGUGAGAGGUCACAUGUUACUGUCAAGGAGAGUAUGCAUCCAAUGAAAGUCAUCUCAAGAAAUUAUGCAUGUGGUUCUCCCACAAAGUGCCUUACUUGAUUCACCAUGGUAACCAUGGUGACCCAGUUACCUUGUGUUUGUAUGUCUGUAGUGUGAAUAGUGCUGUCUGACACUAAAUAUUCACUCACUCACUCAGCCUGCUUGGCUAAUGAAGAAUUUGUGUUGAUUUUUACUGCUGAUACAUCCACUGGAAUUGAAAGUCUUAUCACAUCCCUCUUUUUUUCGAUAAUACACCCUUUUCCAAAAAAGUUAUUUUUAUGUAAAAAGGAGUGUUUGAUUUAAAAAAAAAUCCAAUUUCUUUAUUUUAAUCACAGCUUUGGAUUCCUGUGCUUCCACCGUUGACUCAUCUUCACCACAUGCAGCUUUAGUGCUAGGGAAUACUGUGCGGAGGUUUAUGUGAGAUUCUCCUUGUUGCGAAUUAACUGACAGUAGGUCAUGUGACCCAUCGUGAUCUAUAGUGCAAGUCAUGUGACACUGCCUCCAUCACUUGUGAUAAUUUGUGUACUUAAUGCAUUGGAACUACAAACAUUCUUCACUUGCAACAUUUAUUGUUAUAGUCGUGGUACUUCUGUUAUUUCUUUUUGAGAAUAAUAAUCAAUAAUUGAAUUGUCUUGAGUAUAAAUUUUAGUCAUUUCGCCUCAGGUUUUACCACCAUCGUAAAAUAAAUGUCAUGUGGGUCUCCCCACCCAAGCGUUUUCUAGUUUCUCAGAGAAAAACUGUGAAGUGUCUCCCAAGACAUAUUCUGUCACUGACAAGUAUUCCAUCCCUCCUUACAAUAUUGUCGUAAAAGGCGACUGACAGGAUCAGGUGGUCAGACUCGCUGACUUGGUUUUGAAUGUCAUCAUAUCCCAAUUGCGUGGAUCGAUGCUGGUGAUGUCAAUCACUGGCUUGUUGAUUAUUUACAGACCACCGUCAUAUAGUAAACAUUAUUGUGCUGAUUUUGUAGUCACUUCUUUUCUUUUUUCUUUUUACAUGUAAUGUAUUUUGUGAAGGGGAAUUCCAUUGUGACAUAGUCAGGUCAGUGUCACGUGAUAUCCUCCAGCCUGCGGGUACUGCUCAGUGGCUACCUUUAACCCAUGAUGAUCCGUUAUCCCUCAGAACUUCAUUGCCAUGAUCGAGAGUUUCGAAUCCUAUUGUGUUUUUAGGAUUGUCAGUGCCAUACCUGUUGUCGUGGGUUUUAUCAAAGCGUUAGAUGUCUUAAACCGUCAUCUCGUUUGGCUUUCAAGCUGACGUGAUAUAACUGGAAUAUUGUGCAAAAUGGCGUUCAACCAAUAUCACUCACAGAGCUUCGGUUCUGUUGGGUUUUUUUAGUGUGUGAAAGUGUGCCUGUGUCAGUUUGGGAUUUCCUGCUAUUCUUUAUUGAAAUGAUAUCACUGAAAUACUGUUUUAAAAGCAAAGAAAGCUCAACAUGUUCUUGUUAAUAAGGGCGGCCUGGUAGCCUAGUGGUUAAAGCGCUCGCUCGUCACGCUGAAGACCCGGGUUUGAUUCCCGACAUGGGUACAAUGUGUGAAGCCCAUUUCUGGUGUCCCCUGCCGUGAAAUUGCUGGAAUAAUGCUAAAAGCGGCUUAAAACAACACUCACUCACUCACUCUUGUUAAUAAGCAACUGUAUCCCCAUCUUGUUUUGUGUUGAUAUAAACUCUUCCUGGUAAAUGCUUGGUAUUACAGGAAGUGAUUGUUUGUUUGCUGUUUCCCAAUAUCCUUGUUAAUGGCUUUGAUCGAUCAUAAGAAGUUCAACUUGAUUUAGAUGUGAGUGUGUACUUAUACUUCAUGUUCUUGUCUGAUUGACGAAAGAUUAUUUUAAGUUCCAUGGUGACAAUAAAUCUGAGAGUACUCAUAUCACCCUUGUUGUUAAAGAUAUCCCCAGAGUAGUGCUUAGUGUACCUGUACAAGCAACACAUGUGCAUGCACAUAGCUAAUUAACAAGCAAGGCAUAAUCCCGACUGGAGUAUUAAGUAUAGUGGCAAUACAGAUACCACGGUGGGUGUUGAGUAGUAAGGUUGGUGGGGAUGAAAUAUUUGAUUUAUGACCUGUAGGUCAAAAGCAUAGAUUGACCCAAUCGAAAGCAGGUGGAUCAUCAUUUAACCUGUGUUGUUCAUGUUUUGAAGUCUGUGAACUGAAGUCAGGAAUGAUGUGGCUGAAAUUCUGUAAAAUACCCAUCUAGUAAUAUCCUAUAUUUGCCACAAAUCUUAGUCUAUUGUCAAACCUGUGCUCUUCAGAUCCAGUGUCUUGAUUGAUGGUGUCAUCAUACCCCUGAGGACGUGGAUCAUUGUUCAUAGUAUCAACCAUUGGCUUGUCUGGUCCACACAAUUAUUUGUAAGCCACCAUCAUACAGCUAGAAUAUCUUUGUUUGCUGCAUCAAACAACACCUGCACACACUCACUCUCUGUUCCCUACUGACAGCUGUAUUAAGCAUGUUUUCCCUUUAAAGAGCGUUAUGCCACACACUUUAGGGGUAGAUUGAGGUUAGACUCUUAUUGUUAGUGCAUUGGGUUAAUAGUUUUGUUCAUGUACAGUGUUAGUGAUCAUCUUUGUGGAAUGAGGUGUAGAAGAUGUCUCUGUCAAUUCAUGCGGAAUAAAUUGUUUUUGUUUGACAA